GAGCAGCCGCCGGCGCACGGAGCUCAGUGGAGAGUGUCUGCAGCAGCGAGCCUAACACUGGAUAACCACCACACAGGGGGCUCUCCAGAAGGGGGCAGCGUGAGACCGAGCACAACUCCCAUCCCUUCAGGUCCUCGAGCGGUCUGCACUGUCAGGAUCACGCCUCUGAAAACCAUGAAAGGCUCUCCUGACCUGAUUCCUUCCGCAGAUUUGGACCCCAGCAGAGUGUGCAAGGGGAAAGGAGUGGUGACUCUGAGGGCCACACUCGUCCACAUAGAUGACGAGGGCUGCAUCAGCGCCGAGCCAAAUGUCAUCACAACGCCAAGUGGCUGGAGGAGCCAGAUUAAUGGAGACCGCUCUAAAGCAGGAUUGGCUGAGGGAGGCAGCAACAUCACAGCUGAUUUACCGCAUGUAAACAACACUCAGUGCCAGGCAAAUUCACCAGAGAGCCUAAAAGAGAAUCAGGCUCCAUCCUCCACUCACGUUCAGAGCUGUAUCACGUCCACCUCCAGCUCUGUGUAUCCCUGCACCAGCACAGUUAACCCCACCAUAGUCCUGCUGCAGCACAACAGAGAGCAGCAAAAGCAUCUUUCUCAUUACGAAGACCCAGCCCCAGAAAGGGACAAAAGCCCUGAUCCUGGGUGGGACGCUGUAAGUCCGGUCCCUGAUAUGGACUGGAAGAGGCUGCGGCUGUCACUGCACUCCCCGGACCUCAGUCCUCUCAACAAGCCCAUUGUCCCCGUACGGAACACUGAAAAGUCCAAAGACUGGUACAAGACAAUGUUCAAACAGAUACACAGAAUACCUGAGCCUAUUGAGGAAAACCCUUACCGCCCCACCUACAUUUUCCCCGACAACUAUGACAUUCAGAUGAAAUCAAAAGAUGAUUGUCCAACUCCUUUUGGUUACUUGGAAGAUGUGAGAGCAGUCCCACGCUCAAAAAGUGACGCUGAUGUCGAUUCAAGAGGCCGGUCGAUGCCAGUGCCAACGCGCUCCUCUUCCCUCAGACCGUCCGCCAAAAGGAACGAGUGGGAGCCCCCGGAUAAAAAGGUAGACACCAGGAAGUACCGCGCCGAGCCCAAGAGCAUCUUUGAGUACGAGCCGGGCAAAUCGUCGGUGCUGAAGCUGGAGAGAACGACUCAGGAUGUAAAACCAGAAGAUGUAGAUUUAGAGAAUGAGCCUUGGUAUAAAUUCUUUUCAGAGAUGGAGUUUGACAAAGCGAGUGCCCCCUCUUUCAGCCCCCUGGAAACAGCCUCCGACCUGCAGCAGUAUUCCUCGAGCAAGUCUGGACACAGCGAGGUGGAGAAGGACGGGGGAUCAUCCACGGGUGAGCCUGGGGCUCCAGAAUGCGACCGCCAUGUUUACAAGAGUGUCCUGGAGGGCGGAGACAUCCCCUUACAAGGUCUGCGGGCCCUAAACAAGCGCCAAGCCAGCUCCUCCUCCUCUAAAGUGGAUUAUAAAGGUGGGAAUGGCUAUAUUAUUUCACCCUGCUCCUCUGUAAAUAGUCGAUCGGUUCUUGCCAGUAAUGCAAUAGGUAACCAGUGUAAGAAUAUGAAGCCUCUAUCUGCUGCCAAAGCCUGCAUACCCCAAAUCCUGCCGUCAAAGUUCAAGCCCAAGCUGCUGCCGCCCAGUGGUGACAGUCAGGAAAGCAGGACUAAAGCUGUCAGGCACCCAAAGGCCCACAGCUGUGAGGAUCUGUACACGGGGCCAUGCGACACAGACUUUGCUGGAGCGGAGGAAAGGGAGUUCGGGCCACAUUCAGACUGUAAGUCCAGCAACGGCACCGAGUGUGUGGACGGCCUCGGGAAUGUUUCCCCCGCAAUUAGGAGGAGCGCAUCCGAGUUUUCCAGCCUGUACAGGAACAUGCAUCACAUCCAGAGGCCCAGCUCGGCCGGCUGCAGCCCCCACGGCAGCGUCCGCAGCCUGGCCUCUCUUUUUGAGAAGUCAAAGGCCGACGGGGGCGAGAGGUCAGAGGCGGACGACGGGGGCAACAUUCCACGGGAUGCUGUGUCGUCACGGGUCAGCGAGUUUGAAAUGAUCAUACAGCGGACCAGCUCGGCGCCCAGCCGCUCCUCCUCCCUGCCCGCCCUCCACUCCAGCCACAGCCCUUGCCACAGCCCCGCCCACCUCUACAUGGCGUCUGCAGUGUCAGCGGAGUCACUUUUGGUAGCUGACACCACCCAGAUGGAUGCCUGCUCCCCGGUGGAGGCAGAGGGAAGGAGCUGUGGGGAGGAGGCCCUGUGCCCAGGCAGUGUGACGGUGGAGGAGGCUGCGUCCCCCUCAGAGGACAGACAUGAAGUCAGGACUGAUUCCCCCUCGAACACUGAGGCCGAGGUUGAGCUGAUCUUCAGUAAAAGUUCCCCAGAACUGCACCAGGAAAAUGUGGGUGCAUCAAAAAGUCCCUCAUUACUGCUUACAGCAUCGCCUCUGCAACACAACCAUCUCCACCACCACCACCUCCUGCACCACCUGAACCAUCAACUCCUCCUCAAACCCAGCAAAUGCAAAGGCUCUUGCCCAGCCUCCUACACCCGCUUCACCACCAUCCUCAGGCACGAGAGGCAGCAGGCCUCGACCCAACAGGAGAGGCCGCCUCCUCUGGAGAAGAAGACCACGCUGCCGGGGAACCUCUUCCUCAUGGGCCCUGCUCCCUUCAGGUUACGCAAGAACCUGCAGUCCCACCAGAGUCGGAGGAGCCUGCUUGCCACCAAGGUGAUGGCGGGCACCCAGAGGCCCAGCACGUUGUCUCCCGAGCCCAGACCUCUAAUCCCGCAGCGCCUGUCCUCCCUGGAGGUCCUGGAGAGGCUGAGUAACGGAGAGGAGAGCAACACUGACCACCUGAGUAACGGGCAGGGCUUGGAUGCCAACGGGAACCUUCUGCAGCCGCUGGCAGCUCACCGCAGAGACUCGUCCCCGGUUCUGGGGGAGAGCCAGGAUGAAGUGUUGCGAAGGCGUCAUGGGGACAAAGAGAAAAUCUUGGAGGAGCAGCGGCGGCUGAAGCGGGAACAGGAAGAGGCCGACACAGCAUCCAGGCGACACACAGGCAUCGUCCCGACGCACCACCAGUUCAUCACCAAUGAGCGCUUCGGAGACCUGCUCAACAUCACAGAUAACACGGAGAAGAGGAAAUCAGGCAUAGAGAGAACUCCAGCCAUGGCUCGCUUCGACUUCAGAGCAGAAACUCUAAAGGAGUUGCCGUUUCAGAAGGGAGACAUUGUCUACAUUAUUCGACAGGUGGAUCAAAACUGGUAUGAAGGGGAACAUCAUGGAAGGGUUGGCAUUUUCCCUCAAAGCUACGUCGAGCUCCUUCCCCCCACAGAGAAAGCCCAGCCAAAGAAAAGUGCCCCGGUGCAGGUACUGGAAUAUGGAGAGGCUGUCGCCCGCUUCAACUUCAACGGGGACACGGUGGUGGAGAUGUCCUUCAGAAAGGGAGAGAGGAUCACGCUUAUUCGCAGAGUCGAUGAAAACUGGUAUGAAGGCAAAAUCUCGGGUACCAACCGCCAAGGCAUCUUCCCCGUCACCUACGUAGAAGUGAACAGACGACCCCGCAUCAAAAACGGGCUGGAGUAUCUCGACCCUCCUGUCAGCCAGUCGCCACAGCGCAGCACCAACGCUUCUCCUCAGCUGUAUCGUAACCGUCUGACCACCUCCCCGCUGCCCCUCCCUCGCUCCCCCCGCCGCUCCGUGUCCCCCGAGGUCCACGCCAUCUCCUCUGAGUGGAUCUCCCUGACUGUGGGAGGAGAGCCCCCCGCCGCCCCCACCCCUCCCCUGCCACCGCUGCCCACUGUGUCCUACCGCUGCGGCGAGUACCUGCCCCCGCCCUACUCUGCCAGCCCCGUGCCUGCCAUCAGCGGCAGCCCAUACUGCGUCUCCCCCGUGGCUUCCCCGUCCGCCUCGCCUCUCCCACCGCCUUACCCGCCGAGACCCAACUCAACUACCCCUUUCCUCACGUUCACCCCACCUCAGGGGGGGGACUUCCUGCUCUCCACUCACCCCCCGCGUCUGUCACGCAGCGUGAGCCCCUGUGGAGGGCCGGUGCUGGAGGGCUGGGUGAGAGGGGAGAAGGAUUUGGCAGAGGGGGACAGGGGCCACGCAGCCCCGGGCAGCAGGCGAAAUAGCCCUGCAGAGUUUGUGAAGAACGACGCUGACCAUCACGGACGGAGCUCCAGAAGCCCUGUGAUGCUGUUCGACAUCCAAGAUAACAACAAUGUGAACUCAUUUGCGGAGGCAGUGUGUAAUGAGAUCUUGAAUAUAGCUGAGACCUCGGUGAGGUACUGCAGCACCCUGUCCCACCACCCUCAUGAUAGACUGCACCCCCACCCCAGUAAACAAUCUCUCAUCAUUUCCCAGCAACCCCAUUCCCACAGCAGCAGCCCAGAGCCGAACCGUCUCAACUGUGGAAUCUUCCAGGCUCUGUACAGUUACGUGCCGCUGAACGAAGAUGAGCUGGAGCUGCAGGAGGGAGAUCUCGUCAGCGUCAUGGAGAAGUGCGACGACGGCUGGUUUGUCGGAACCUCAAAGAGGACAAAAGCGUUUGGGACGUUCCCUGGGAAUUACGUGAAGGAGGUGAAACUGUAAAGAUGUCUAAUCUGGCUGUAACACAAGGUCGCCUGUCAAGCUUGGGAAGUCAUUUCUAUCGCGCAUGGCUGUUGGUUAGCGUAGUCGUUUAGCCAGGCAAAUCCAUUUUGUCUGGGAAAGUGUUCGGUUCGGCCUGAGGUAUGUCAAACUGCAGGGGGGAGGCGGAGACAGAGACAGCUCACUGCCCAAUCCUCAGUAUGGUGAACACCUUGACAACGCUUCACACACUCUUCUUGACAGAAUUGGUCUGUCUCCACGUGUGGAAUUUCUCCGUGAAAAAAAAAACUACCGCAAAGUAGCUUUUAUUGUACAGAUAAUAGCUUCCAUCUUGUCCAUGUAAUCUACAGUACCUAAAUGUUUACGUAGCACCUCAGUCUGGAGGCCGGCAGCAGAGCAGUGUGUGGAUUAAAGAGUGGAUCUUACUACCUGAACUGGAUUUGGGAGGAUUCAGAAUGUGUUUUUAUGGGAUGUGUGGUUGGAGCCGUUUGGCGUGAGCUACCUUUCAGGACCAGAGGUGUUCAUCAUGAUUAGCUUAUCAAGUGUGAAGCGAACCAUGCCUUUGCUUUCAAAAGAAAACCCUCAGUGUUAACAAACAUUUAAUUGAAUGUGGUGUUUUGUACCUCGGUUUAGAUUAUGUGUAAAGCCCCUUUAGAAAGUGGUCUCUGACAUGCCUGUUGUACUUCCUGUUUCAUUUAAUGAAUCUUCAUAUUUUCCGUAUUUGUCAGGCUUACUCAGUGUAAGCCUGAAAGCUUCAGAUACCGGUUCAGUAUUGCCUUUCUUUUCUAUGUGCUGUUAGCUUCUCAACAGCAAACACAAAUACAGAACACGUGGACUGUGUUGAAUGUCUGAUAAAAGUGAAGAGAAACUGUGUAUAUGCACAUCCUAUAUUUUCAAACUCUAUUUAUUUGUCCUUUUAUACCUCUUCCGUCAAAAUAGAAGUAACCUGUGUCUGCUGAUGGACAAUGCCUGUAAGCUAGCUGGAGGAGUAGAAGCCUGGCUCCAGCCCAACCACAGGACAGGGGUGGUAGCACUUAACUUCCUGUUUGGUCUUUAAUGGAGAUCCUACCUAACAAGAUCAUAGUAGAUUAAUCAAAAAAGAAAAGUAAAGCCAACAAGGUGUCUUAGAAUAUAAUCAUUUUUAAUUGCAUAUUGAGAUUUUAACAAUGCCCCUACUGACAAGAUUGUGUGUUUUAUCGCCAUGUAAAUGUGUACAGAAAACUUUAAGAGGCCUUCCAAAUAUGGCUCCAUAUUUUCAUAUGUAAUGACUACAACUUGGGUUCUACAGUUAGUGGAAUGGUUUAAAUAAGAAGAAUUAGCACAGCAUGCACAGAGGCCGACAGAUCAAAUCAGAGCAUGAAACACCCAUCGCCUCAAUAUUGGCCACCCUAAAGCUCAAAGCAUUAGAAGUGAUGACAGGGUUAACAGGCUGCUCUUUGAGAUUCAGUCGCCUCCCUAAUGGAAGACCGCUUUUGAAUUUUUAUUUAUUUUUUGCUAUCGAAGCAAUCCGAGCCGUCUUCCCGCGAGCACAGAGCUCCCACAUCUCCAGCACCGUCAGAUCCUGUAACAGACGCCACAUGUCAGAGUAAACCCUCCACACGCACAGAUCGAAAGACGAUAGCCAUUGUUUAUUCUCUGCUCCCAUCCUCAUCAGAUUCCUCGUUGUCAUCAACCGCUGCACUGUGUUCAUCAAUCCUUCGCUAAGCUUGUCAAAUAGUACUUGCAAAUAGUUCUCGGAGCUUGUUACAACCUGUUUGGACAUUCUGUUUGUAAGGUAAUUGCUAGGGAAGUAUUUUAAUUCAGUUUAGUUUAUACCAAGAGGACUAGUGUGACUAUCUGAUCCUCCAGGUAGCCGGAUCCUUUCCCCAUUCCACACAUGUCAAAUCGAAUAGUGACAGACUAUCAGUGGGCCACGUAGUCGAACUCUUUGUGAGAGCACAAAAUCAGAAACAUGAUGUGAAGUAUUGAAGCUCUCACUUACAUCCAGAAGUGUGUGUUUUCUAUAUCUUUGUCUUUUUUCAAUGUGUUAGCUACAGUUGUGCAGUGAUGAUGAACAUUGGAACAUGGUUUGAAGCUGUUUGUGGCUGCCACAUAAGCGAUUUAUGAAGUUUAAUAACUGACAAAGUGCAUUCAUUUAACAAAAGUCAGUAGCAAUCAGUGUUUCAUCCUCUAGAAUCAACAGUUUCUUUCUCACCACUGACAAUGUUUUCUCAAGAUAACGCGCCAGAUUAUGGGCUUGCCUGUGUAGCACUGAUAUAAUAUGCAGGUAUUUUGUUACACCACAAAAGCAUGUUUUCCCCUCCACUGCUGGCUAAACAUUUUCUUGUUCCUGUGUAACUCCAGCUCUGCGUGAAAUGAACUGACUGUUUGGGAGUCGUUGACCUGUAGGCUUGUCCAACACUUCUUAUCUUCCCUGACAAAACAAAAGAGUCCCUCCAUUUCAAACACACCACAGGAUUGACAAAUAAACAAUCACUGUUUAGUCACACACACACACACACACACACACACACACACACACACACACACACACACAACUCAAUCUAUAUUUUGUAUCUGUGAUAUUGUGCUCCAGAAAACAUCACAGGAUGUAUGAAUGUAUGAAUAUAUGAAUGUGGCACAAUGCACACACAAUAGUUUAAAAAAACAACAACAUGUCUGUAUUUUCAUCUUUAAUGAACAUGCGGUCAUACAUGCAGCAUGACACAAGAAGGAUUGUAAAUAUGUAAAAUAUAAAAUAGUCUGCGAGCGGUGGGAGCGUCAGAUUGAGCUCUUCCGUCACUCGCAGCGGUUUAUUUACCUGAAGGAUUUUUUUGGCAAAGCACAGAGUGGAGCGUUACUGAGCACAGGAAGUUUGAAGCAUAUGAACAUUACGCUGCCAUUUGUGACGAUCAUAAUGCCUUAUGUUGGACGCAAAAUUGUGCCUCAUUUUCAUUUAGUUUUUAGUGGGGAGUAUCACUGAAAUGUACCCAUGACAUAUUUAAUGUAACCAUGGUUUUCCCAUUAGUCCUAGUCUCUGUGAUGGGAGAACAUUUACUAAGAACUUGUCGGUUACUGUUCAAGUACCUAAAAGUGUGACACAAUGCUCUAACUUAAUGAUUAAUAAUCAUAAGAAUGGACUAGUUUGGAUGAGACACACGACCUGCAACAGGUUUGAUUUGUUUGCUUCAAUUUGCAGUGCUGUUACAUUGAUAAUGUUAAAAUAAAGAUACUAUACACUGCUGUGACUUCGGUAUUAUGCAAUAUUUAAUAAACCGUUU